AUGUCACAAUAUAUUAUUUCAACUGCUAAUUUAAUAUCCCAUCGCGUAACAACUUAUUUAGGAAUACCUAUCUUUAUCUUUGGUGUAAUAGGUGAAUUUCUCAAUAUCAUUGUUUUCCUUAGUUUAAAAACAUUUCGACAAAAUUCAUGUGCAUUUUAUUUAACUAUUAUGGCAAUGGUUAGUAUUGGAUAUUUAUUUACAGAUUUACUUACAUUUAUAAUGAUGUAUGGAUAUAAUAUUUAUUGGACAAAACAAUCAAGAUUUUAUUGUGUAGUUAGAGAAGGCUUUGCUCAUACUUUCAUGUUAAUUGCUCUUGCAUGUUUAUGUCUGGCAAUAAUUGAUCAAUUUUUAGCAACUUGUUCAUCUCCACGUUGGCAACAAUUGUGCAAUAUUAAUUUAGCCCGUCGUUUAUGUUUAACAUUUAUUGUAUUAUGGUUUCUUUAUGGAAUUUUAUUUUUUAUUUCUUAUGAUUUGGUCACUGAUAUUUCAACUGGUAAUUCAAAUUGUAAAGUUAUAAAUGAAGCUGUUAAGCAAUAUCUUAAAAUUUGGCAUGUUCUUAUAUUUUUGGGUGUAUUACCACUUUCUAUUACAAUUAUAUUUGGAUAUUUAGCAUAUAGAAAUGUAAAAAAAUUAUCUUAUCGAACAUUACCUCUUGUUCGACGCAGAUUAGAUCAACAAUUAACAGUUAUGGUACUAACACAAGCUAUUUUUAGUGUUUUUACUAUUACACCAUAUACAGUUAUAAAUGCAAUAAUACUAGAUCCCUAUCUAACACAAGAUCCAAUUGCAAAGGCAAUAUUAUAUUCUGCUGGAAUAUUAUCGAUUAUUUUACUUUAUAGUUGCUUUGCAAGUCCAUUCUAUAUUUAUAUUUGUGCAUCAGAACGAUUUCGUCAUCAAUUAGUUUUUGUUCUUUACAAAAUGCAUCUUCAACGAUGGCGUCGUCGAAAUGUUGUUAUCGAUUUUGUUAUUUCACAACACUAA